GGAUGACGUGUGGGGAAGGCAGCCCCCGAGCCUCAACCUCCUCCAUGUCCUCGUCCCCCGCUUACUGCCCUGGCGCCUUCUGAGGUCCUGCGAAGCAAGGCGUCGCUGGAAAUAUGCGUGGUCCGCCAUCGCCGCCCUGUCCUCCCGAUACCUUCUCGUCGUGCGCUCGCUGGGCUGCGGGCGGGCGCCGGAGCCUCUCAGCACGGCGGCGUGCACAAGCACCAUGAAGGAAAGGCCUCCACAAUCUUUAUACCGUUUUAUUCAAGCACCCGGAGCUUGCUUUUGCUGCAGCUAGCGCUUUGCAGCCAUGUCUUACAACCUUCCCAUCCCCCCAUCGCCGCGCGACACAGAGCAGGAGCUCCGGAAACGGAUGCCGCGACUGCACACUCAGUCCUCGCCCUUUGACAGCAACACCACUCUCACCUCGCGCACGGAGCAAAUGAGAUCACCCGCCCUCGACACAGCUCGCACGGCUUCCUCGAACGAAUUUGCCGUCAAAUCUCCCACAUCGGCCAGCCACCAGCGCUUCGUCCUGACCGACCAUGUCGCCUUUCGAUACCUCGCAGAAGACCCCUCUACCACCGUCCUCUCUCGCCGCGAGAAGCUCCAGGGCUACGAGAUCUAUCUUGUCGAGCAGUGGGCUUGCUCUCGAAGGCACCCCACUUUCAUCAUCACCACGUACACCGGCGACCCCAAGGACGAGGUAUGGGCAUCGGUAAUAAGCGUUCCGAGAAAUGAGUCGGACUGGUCGCCGCAGAUGAAGACAUACUUCAGGGCCCUGGACCAAUACCACGCGCGCAGGAAAGAGACGGGCCUUGGCACCUUGAUGAUCACGAAUCUAAGCAGCUUCCCGUCGUCUUUGACCGUGAUACCCGUUCCGGACGGCGACGUGAAGGGGCACCGGGAGCUAUUCUUCGUGAAUGAAAACUUGAAGAGGCUGGGAUGUUCAGGACGCCUGGGAAUCAAGCUCGCUCCGCCGAGCAGUGCAACCCAGGCCAAAUUUCAUCAGCUUUAUCGAACAAGUGACAAGAUACCGCUGAACAGCUCCGUCAUUGAGCUUGUCAAGCUUUGCCAAGUUGCCCUGGUCCUUUUCGGGAAGCUCGAAUACGAAUACGCUGACGGUCUGUUGUGCGAUGUGACGGAGAAAGCCGUCAAUGACUGGUGGUUGGAGUUUGGAGCUGAGUACUACACGGUAGAGCCCCACGACGGUAUUCUGGGUCCAACCACUGUCGCCGCCCUACUUGGCCUGCUUAUGGGCGCACGAAAUAGAUUGAGUGCCUACAACGCACCAGUCGCGAAGGAUGUAUUCGAUAUCGAAAGCACGAAGCGGGGCAUUGCAUACUUCCAAAAGACCCAGCGAAUAGCGAAAACACGUCGCCUAGACAGACAAACGCUUGAAAAACUACGACGUGCGACUGCAAAAGCUGCCAGCAAAGAGGGCUGGGCCGUCCAGCGCGCCUUCAAGACCACCGUGGCGGAGUUGGGAGGGAAAGGCGGUGAAAUGGUCAUGGGCAUGGUUGGCGCUGGUGAAAAAGCUGGUAUUGCUGACAUUGAGACUGUUGACAUCGACCGAUUUGUUGAGUUGGUCACGGGAGAAAGAGCGAAAUGGUUGUGGUAUGGGAAGCCUCGCAAAUCCAACACAGAUAUGUUCAGCCGGCUGCCAGGAGAAGAACGUUCCACUUCGCCAGAAGAUCAACCCACGCAUAUCACGAAUCUCUUGAAGAGAGAAUCUACGCUCAGAGAGCACGAACUUACGAAACGCGACACCGGUGAAGAGGCUAAGCGCCUGGAUGCUUCCGGGGUUGGUGAUGGUUUCGAUAAGGAGAAAGACCCCAACUCGAAGCGAGCCGCUAUCAAAGGGGCCAUGGGGAAGAUCGAAUCAGGAAGCGGCUUCCAUCGCAUCAAGGAUGUCGUCGGUCGGCGGAAUCAUCAGGCAAAGCCUUCAAAGGACGACAGUAUACGUAGCCCGCUGCACUACACAAAGUCUGACCUAUGGUCUGCUACAAACAAUAGCGCAGAUGGCUCUCUAUCUUCGAAGAUACACGAGCGUGGGAGUUCCAGCCGAGAACAACGAAAUGGCGUCCUAUCUCCCGUACACACUACGUCCGAUCGCGAGCCAGCGUUUACAAAGGUUCUCACAGAAACACCUCACGAUUCAAUGAGCAGCCUCGCGGUAGACAAGGUCGCUCCGCAACACAUAGAUGGGAACAACCAGUCAGCCGUCACGUUAAGGCCCCAACUGACCGAAGACGAUGAAUCGUUGAAAGCUCUCACGGCAGAAAACUCCAUUGCAGGCUCCAUAUACCGCGGCGUCGACCUCAAUGAGAAGCUGUCUCUCGACGAAACUAACGAAAUCCCACCGUCCCUCCGCCGCACCCAAAGCUCCGACCAGCUCCUUCCUUACCACGCUACCGCCCGCGACGAUAACUGGUGGCCGCGUCACCUCUCCUUCAGCAUAGCUGAGGACAGCAUUCUCCGCUGGCCCAGCAUUGUCACUACGGAUCCAGAAGAAGACGAGACUAUCCCACCCGAAGCAGCCCUAGCAGCACAAAAGUACAUCUACGAAGAAGCCAAACGCCUCCGUCAUAGGCUCGCUUUUGUGUCGAGCAUAGACGCGACAUGGGUCGACCAGCGCCUGUCCACCGUCUCGUCGCUCGAGGCCGCUGCGGACGAGGACACGGUCCAACUCGAAAAUCUCUACUACCCUCGCUUAGAAGAAUACCAGUCCCUGCGCGAAGACGCGCACGAGAUCAUCUCCUCGAAUCGCUCCCACCUCACAGAGGCGGUACGGGAUUUGGCCAAUUUGAGCGAUAAGCUCGAGUAUGAGAUUGGCACGCUGAGGAGCAAGGUGGAUGAUGUGGAGGACGGGGUUGCGGAGCUGGAGAGGCAGGUGGAGUUUGUGGAGGGGAGGGUGGGCGAGUUGGAGGGCGUUUGUAGGGAGAGGGAAGGGUGGGUGCAUUGGGUGGUCAGAAUGCUUACGGGGAUUGGCAGACCGCCGGGAUGAAAGGGGAAAAUAACAGCCUUUGCCAAAAGCGUGCGGUGUUCGGGCUUCUGUUCUGGGAAAUCUGGGAAGGAGGUAAUAGACAUGGCGUUUCAAGGUGUUGUAUGGAUGAUAUGUGGAAGCAGCAAAGCAUCGGACUUGAGAUUGUACGCUUACGCUAGAAUGUACAAAGUACGACCUUUCAUU